AUCAGCGCAGAGAGAAGCAGCGCAGCUACACACGGACCGUCCGCUCCCUUCCCCGGGACAGCGCCCCGUUCCCGGCGAUUUCCCUCCGCUGUCGUCGCUCCUCUAUGGAUGUGAAGUGAAACCGGGCGGCAGUCAGUCGGUUUUACCCCCCAUCUCUGCUCUGCUCCUCGGUCCGGACCGCAGCCUCCUCCUGCCCCUCACACACAAAAUGGCGGACAUCGUCGAGCUGGGACCCGCCUACGCCAUGUCUCCGGUGCUGGCGGGCUUCCUUGGAGCCGGUGUUCUGGUCGUGGUCGUGGUGGUUCUGGUUCUGCUCUGGUCCUUCUGUCAGCGUCGGUACCUCCGGGUCACUGGACGCUACAAGCUGCACGGUGACCGGUACUGCGACACCGAGGACCCCCCCUACAAGUUCAUCCACAUGCUGAAGGGGAUCAGCAUUUACCCAGAAUCCCUCAGUGGCAGCAAGCGGAUCGUCCGGGGGAUCAGACGCGCCGAACGCUCAGACCGGGACUCAGAGCGCGGCGCCGCGGGCCGGGGCAUGGUGCUGGUAGAUGCAGAGAACAACGUCCUGGACGUCCCGGGUCAGCUGCAGAUGAGUCACCUGGUACCCCCCGCCAGGACAGGCUCCGCCCACAGCCCUGCUCGGCUGGAGCGGGCCUUACCGGUCCGAGCCGAUUACUGUUGCCUGGACAGCAGCUCGGCCAGCAGCAGCCAGACCAGCAGCAAGACUGUGUCCCCGUUCACUCCUGCCUCCUCAGAACCAGAACCAGAACCGAGCCUGGGCUCCAUCAGCCUCACCGUCGACUACAACUUCCCCAAGAAGGCCCUAGUGGUGACCAUCGUGGGGGCCCGGGGCCUCCCCGCUGUCGAUGAGCAGGCAGAGAGUUCUGACCCGUACGUGAAAAUGACCAUCCUGCCUGAGAAGAAGCACCGGGUCAAGACCCGCGUGCUGAGGAAGACCCUGGACCCGAUCUUCGACGAAACCUUCACCUUUUACGGCGUGGCCUACAGCUCGCUGCCCGAGCUCACCCUGCACUUCCUGGUCCUCAGCUUCGACCGCUUCGCCCGCGAUGAUGUCAUCGGGGAGGCCGUGGUGCCCCUGAAAGGCGUGGACCCGAGUACGGGCCGGGUCCACCUGAACCAGCAGAUCACCAAGAGGAACAUGCAGUGCGACAGUCGUGGGGAGGUCCUGGUGUCUCUGUCCUACCAGCCGGUGUCCCAUCGUCUCAGCGUGGUGGUUCUGAAGGCCCGACACCUCCCCAAGAUGGACAUGACGGGUCUGUCAGCCAAUCCGUACGUGAAGGUGAACGUUUUCUACGGCCGUAAACGCAUCGCCAAGAAGAAGACGCACGUGAAGAAGUGCACGCUGAACCCGGUCUUCAACGAGUCUUUCAUCUACGACAUCCCGCCCGAACUCCUGCCCGAGAUCUCCGUAGAGUUCCUGGUGAUCGACUUCGACCGGACCACCAAGAACGAGGUCCUGGGCCGCCUGCUGCUGGGCCUCCACAGCCCGUCCUCCUCCGGGACCUCCCACUGGAGGGAGGUGUGCGAAAACCCCCGCCGGCAGAUCUCCAAGUGGCACAACCUGAGCGAGUACUGAAGGACCAGGAGGAGGGUCUGGAGCCAGCUGGGCCUCCAGCAGAGAACCGAACUGGGACUUAAAGACUCAGUGUACAGAACACACACACACACACAGUUAUGAUGGUAGUUCAACUCUCCGUCUCUAUUAUCUCUUCCCAACCAGAACAUCUGCAAGUUCUUUGACUAAAACGAGUAAAUGAAAAAACAGCGGUCCGUUUCCGAGACUCGGGCCGUCUGUGUGAACGGGGGAUGGAACGCUCCCGCACGAUUUAAAAAAGAAGAAACAGAAAAAGAAAAAAGUUCCUCCUGUUGCUGUUGUUGUCAUGCAGUUCAUCGCAUGUCCGUCUGAAAAGAAAAACAAAGAAACAGAAAAAAAAAAAUCCUCCUGCUUCGAACUAAAUGCUGAAUAUUAACCAAGAAACGUCUGCAGACAGCCGAGGGCAGGUUCUGUUCAAACGUCCACACGCUUCCUUCCUUCCUGCCUGCAGCGGCCAUUUUCUCCUCUCAGAGGACCGUCUUCAGGAGGACACAGUCGAAUCCAUGUGGAAUAAACGAGACUCGAACAUGAAGCUAGAUGUUUGAUGAAUUCAUCCCGCAGUGGUCUGAAGCAGAGGACAGAUGUGCUGCUGAAAACUAAAACAAUCCUGCAGCAGCUAAACCUUCAAACUAACGUGUGCUCCCCACAGAACCUUCAGCUGAUAACUCUUCAAUCACUUCUUUAUCUGCUGAAACGUUUACUUUAGGAACAUGUUGGUAACUUACAGCAACGUAUAAAAGCUCAGUUCAAGCACUUGGACAGAAAAAAAAAAAGAGCUUCCAGGUCAAAUUUAGGGCGUCAGAGUUCUGAAGCCAAACUAAAUGAAUUUCGGGUUCAUUCGGGUCUCACCUGGAGGCAGAACCGUUCGGAUCGCCGCGUUGCGUCUUUUUCAACAGUGCAGUGACAGAACGCCCGUCGGAAACUGAAGCCAGCGGGCGCCGUGCGUUUCACACCGAGGCCUUCGGCCGCGUCCUUUAUCCCGUCUUCACGACGCCGCGGCUACAGAAACCGUCAGAGAUCCACAGAGACGUGGUGCAAUAUGCUGCUGCUCCACAGACAGGUGUCUCUUGUAGAAAGAAUGACAUCACUGAAGCAAGAAACACAAUUAACACGGUUCAACAAGUUGAUGAGUCACAGAUGAGCGCAGGCUGGAUUGUUAUUGCAGAUUGAAGACACCAGAGGGCGCCGUAGACGUAAAUUUAUUUAUUUGGCGUCAACAUGGCCUAAACAAAAAGGUCCUGAAAAUACUGAGGUUUAUCAGCUGAUCGUUUUCUGUUAAAUCUGAUCAUUUUACUCUUCAUGAAGACGUUUGAGCUCGACUGCAGCAGCAUUAAGAUUUGAAGCUGAAGGUUUAACUGUAAUUUAAAACGUGUAUAAAAUGUUUUCUAGCAGCCUCGUCCUCUCCUCUGCUUCACUUCCUUUAAUGUCUCUACGUUUUCACUCCCUCGACCCGAUUCAGGCUGUUUGCACGUUUGCGAUCUCCCCCUUGUUUUGUCUGCCAGCAGACGGCGCUGUUUUAUACUAAUUGGCUUAACGAGACGCGCGCGGAGCGACGCUUUGGGUUUAGUGUUUUGACGAUUCACUGUGAGGCGACUGGAGUCUGAGAAGCACAUUUUUUUUAUUCUGAGUUCAACGUUGAGCCACCUGCUUCCUCCCUGUUCGGAGGACGUUAACGAGCGUAAAAACUAAAUGGAACCAGAGGAAUAAAGAUGCUGCUUUCAUCAUCAUCACUGACCCCCCCCUCCCCGCAGCCUGAUCUCCUUCGUGGUUGGACUGAAGCUGCAGCCCGUUUCAGAGCGGCUGUAGAUUUGUACAGAUGUUUGCCGGUUUCCUUCCUGUCCAACGUCCUCGGAGCUUUCGUGUGCGUGAGCGCCCCCUGCUGUAGACCUGGAUGCUAACUGUGUUGGGUUUGUUAACACUCGGUGGAUGUGCAAAUAAAAAACAAGUUAG